CUUCAAACGCCGAAGAAAAAAUUCAAAAUGUCGGCUGGAGGAAGCUAAACACUUAUCAAUGUCCGAUUUUCUCGAAGAAAAGUCUGCAAUGCCCCUGCAUAUUUCUCCUGUGGAUGCUCCUCGAGGAGGAGAGAAUUCAGAUUCAGAAGAGGACGAACCAGUGGUACCAGCAAUCAUGGAAACCUCUAGUAGUGACGACGAAGACAACUUAGACGGUGAGGAUGAUCUUAAUCAAGGCUAUAUUCAACUGGCUCAGGAUGAAAACGACGGGCUACAACCUGCAGAGCAAUGGCUAGCUAACGUAUGUACACAUUGAAUUUGCUAAUGAAACUUUCCUUGUCUUGAUUUUUCCUGGAGCAAACAGCUUGCAAUUCGGAAAAGCUUAAUAGGCAGACUCUUGUAUGUCACGUCACUUGGAAAUUUCUCGAACUGAGAAUCAACCAAGGAAAGGGAAUUCAAGAUACUGCAAUUCAGUUUUAACAUGUUUUGAUCAUUAAAGCUUUUAUUUUUGUUCAUAAAUGGUGCAUGUCGAGUCUCCAGUACAGUAAACUUUAGGUACACAUUAUUGUAUUUGGUGUAUGCUUUCAAGGACCUAUACCAGGCAUUUUGAUUUUAGCCAGAGUAGCCUAAUGUUCCAGCAACUCUAUUGUAAAACACAAUUGAGAGACUAGUUGGUGAAAGGGAUUGUGUAAAGUGCAGGUGUAGAUUGUGUAUGUGUCUUUCCUUUAGUUGUCCCCUGGGAAGCUAUUUUGUUAGCCUAAUGUAGUAGCCUAAUGUUCCAGCAACUCUAUUGUAAGACACAAAUAAGAGACUAGUUGGUGAAAGGGAAGCUAUUUUGUUACAGCUCAAUAACCUACUUCAAACAAACAUAAAAGAAAUAAAAAUAUUAACUUUCAACCUCAGACAGGGGAGGAGGAGGAGGCUAUAGAUGUAAACAAUGCAGUAAUUAUUAAUUCAAGUGAAAGCAGUACCUCAUCAUCGUCAUCAUCAUCGUUGUCGUCAUCAUCAUCAUCAUCUGCUGACAGAAGUGCUGAGCCAGAAAUGAAACAAGGCAAGCAGGAAGACCAAUUGUAAUUGUAGAUUAGGGAUUAUGAUGAAUUUGAUGGGUGAGGAAUGUGAGGAACUAGUGUCAAUGUGAACAACUAGUGUUAAGUCUUUCCAGCAGCAUACAAGCAUUAUAUCUUUAAAUGUAGGGUUUUUAUGGUAAAUAGCUUACUUUUGCAAGGGAGUAGAAAGUAGAGAGUCACAGCUGCUGAUUUUGCCUUUUAUUAAAAAAUUGGUUGGGGCAUGUGAACACAAUUUUUGACCUGAAGGACGGGAAUCAGAACAAACCACUCUUCAAAAGUUCAAAUGCAAGAGGGAGUCAGAUGUUGAAUAUUUGUAUUGAUUAACACUUUAAGGCCAAGGUGUUCAUUAUUUUUAAAAAUCAAUUUUUUGCAGCAUAUAGGGCAAAAAAAUUUAUGAAAGAAACCCCAUGUCCUUAAUCAUGUGUAACUCAGAGAAUUUUAAUUUUUUUUGGCUCUAUGAUAAAGCUUAAUUGAUAAACAAGUUCAUUUCUUCUUCAGUUACCAGAGAAAAACUCUCAUAUCUUGAAUUGCCUUUUAUACAAAUAUUUUUUUGCAUGCACUGUUCAAAAAUUUUUUAGAAUAUUGCUUGAUAUUCCCAAUUUUCAGGUAGGGUAUUUAAAGUCAUAUGACAUUUUUGGACCAAUCUAUUGAAAACAAAAAUUUUUUGAUCUAUUAUGAUCUUUGAUGUUUCAGAACAAGUAGAUCUCAUCAGACAGGUGAUGUCAGGAAUUAGUCUCCCCUCAUCAGCUGUACCGGAGUGGGCCAAGGUUGUACCAGAAGAAAAAUGGAAAGCAUCUUUAGUUUCAAGUAUAAAAAAUAGAACUUUUUCAGAGCCAGACAGUGGAAAAAGCAAUUAGAUUAUAAUUUAACUGGUAUUUUACUUAAUUAUUAGACUUCUCCAUAAGUUUUACCCUGUGGUCCCUAAAAGUGACUAGCAUGUAAUUUGUCUGACACAAUAUUACCCUGGAUCAAAUAGUAAGGUCACAAGAGUAAAGGAUAUGAACAUCAACCAGAGAAGCUGUUGAUUACUAAACAAAUUCUCUCUGUGAGCAUCUUAGGAAAUAACUAGAGAACAGUAUAGAGAAUAUGCUUACUGAUGUUAGGGUUAAAGAGUUAAUACAUUUUGUAUGAUGAGUAUUUUGGAAAAAGGGUUUUGUUGUUUAAGUAAUAAUUUAAUUGGGCACCCAAGAUUAGUCACAGUACAGACUAAUUGAUGAAGAAUUGGAGUUCAUCUCAGCUUGCUACACAACAAUUCACCAUUUCAGUCAAUGAAGAAUGUCAUAACCAUAAAUGUGCUCUUCAGGAUAGGCUGUAUUGUGAUUGUUCAGAAAUAGUGGCUGGUUGAAGUUGAAGUAGCUGUGCAUUGCCAAUCAUUGUUGUAAAAUAAUUGUUUUAUAUUUCAAUAUUAUGAGACAAGGAUACCUCUUUUCUGGAAAAAAAAAAAAACAAUUUGAGGCCUGGGUGGUCCUGUCCAGAAAAAAAAGUUUGACCAUAUGAUUCAGACUUUGGUGCCGUCUGCAACUGAACCUAGUCAACAUUGUUUAUAGAGUCAUUUACUGUGUAAGACUACCACACAUGUUUCAAUGAGAUUAAGAAAAACUUUAACCUUUAUUUGAAAAAGAUUUGUUGUUAAGUCAUUCAUGGGGCAGGUAGAGUGGCAUGAUAAUGUGGUGAAUUUUUAAAUCUGAUUUAUUGAAAUCCCUGAUUGACGUCCUCUAAGAAAGUUUCUUGACUGUGCCACAGCAGUUAAUUCUGGAUUAGUGCCAAUGGUGCUUUCAACAAUUCAGCUCCUUAUUUUGAGGCAACUACAGGGUCUUCUUGGUUUUAAUUAGAGGGAGUUUUUUGAAAAGUAGACGUGACUUUCUAUGAGAGAAGCUGGUGAAACCUUGCUAAGCAGCCAGGGAACGUACCCAGCUUCCAGCCCUUUUAUACAACCCUGAACUAUAUGGAGUUAUUAAUGUGCACCUGCAAGUCACAUUAUUUUCUCUCAACAAGACUAAGAAGAAAAUUCAAAAUUUGCUGAUGAGAAAAUCUCAUUGUUACAAAUGAAUGAGUCUUCAGGAUACACCAUUUUAUAUCUUAGGGGUAGAGUCCUUCAGUACAAGUCACAGUUAUCUUAAUGUUUUUUAUUUCUCUGAUACAGAAAUGUAUCUGCAAGAUGUCUUCUUAAAAUUACCCUAACCCACCC